UACAAACAAAAUGGCGGCUUCCAAGUCCUCUUUCGUCUCUUUCCGGAAGUAUUUUCGAUUCUCGUUUGUCGUGGUCAUUCUAAUAGAUUUUGUCAUGUUUACAGUGCGUUUAGAUGCUCUUGACAACGGUUUGGCUUUAACUCCGCCCAGUAAGUCAUUUUAUGUCCACGAUCACACUCAGUUGGCUUUUGACAAGCUUUAGCGAGCCCCAAUUGUCCCUAGUAACUCAAGCCCUUCAUAUUCCCAUUCUCCAAAUGUUCAUAGACUAACUGGUACUUUUGAAUUCUAACUUGCAGUGGGAUGGAUGGCUUGGGAGAGAUUCCGUUGCAAUAUAGAUUGUAAAAAUGAUCCAGAUAAUUGUAUAAGGUGAGAUUGAACAAGACUCAUAUUUUUUGUUAAUUUUUGGAGUUAAGCUUAAUAAAGAAAAUUCUUAGUUAAUUUUCCAGGUACUCUGUAGGCAGUGCUACCAAAUCUCCCAGAUAAUCUGGGAGAUAUUUUAGACUUUGGACUGUAUCUCUCAGUCUCCAGAUUAGGGUAUGAAACCUCCCGGAUAAUCGCGAAAGUUUGCUAUUUCUUCAGUAGACUCCACUUUCCGACAAUAAAUUUCAACUAUUUUGCGUUGUUGAGCUACUUUGAUGUUAACAUGAAACGUUUCCUCACCAACCCUGGUAUGCCAUUGUAAUAUAAGAAAUAAGUGAUUGGUGAGAAGUAAACCAAUCAGGUCAAAAGUUACAAUUUACCAUAAAUCUUCUAAUAAGCCCCCCAGGAGACUUAUUUAUUUUAGGCCCAUCUGGAGAUGGGGUGGUUUAUUUGAGAAAGGGGGGGGGGGGGCUUAUUUAAUUUAGAAAAGACAAUAGUAUCAGUUCUCCAUAAAGAACUAGAAUACAAAGAGGAAAAACUUGAGUAAGUUUGGAGGUCAUGCAGCUGAGGAUCAGAAUCAAAUCCCAACUUUCAGGUGGUAAAUAAACCAUCCCAGAUCAGUCCACAUGAUGUUUUACAGUUGUUAUUGAUUAAUCCUGUCUAUCAUUUAUUAGUGAAGAAUAAAUCAGGGGAGGGGAGGGGGGCGCUUAAUAGAGGAUUUACGGUAGGCAUUUUGUGUCACCACAUAUUCGUGAUGAUCGGAGUCAACAAGUAUUUUUUUUGCACAAAAGACGUCAUGCGCCAUGCAUUGUGAUGUCAUCUAUCAUCCCUUCCCUAUCAAUUCUCAAUAUUUGAAGACAUGGGGGAGUUGACAGCUCUGCUGUAGGUCACUUGUUUAGAUCUCCUCUUUGAAGGAGAAAUUUCAAUAUUAAAUAUUGAAAAAUAUCAAAUUUUGAUGUGCUGUUGCGCAGUUUGAUCAUUGUCAGUCUUUAGUUCAGAAAUACAGUAAAGCAAUCCUCCAUUGUAACUUGAUCGAGUGGUCAUUAACAUAUUCUUGUAGCGCAUUCUAAUUGCAAUAAUGUGAAUCAGGAUAUGAAGAUGUCAAAAUUUGGAGCCAUUAAAGAGAUCUUUGAUUGGGACUAAAAAUUUUUGUCACAAAUACAGGAAUGGAAAGGUUAUUUUUGUGUUUUUGGGAUAAAGUUUAGGCUUUGAAAAUGGCAUUGCAUUGCCGGUGAAGCCCAGUUUAUUGAGUGUUCUGUCAUUGUUCUUUAGUGAAAAACUCUUCAUGCAGAUGGCGGAUCGUAUUGCUGAGGAUGGCUUUAAAAAUGCAGGUUAUCAGUAUGUUUGUAUUGAUGUAAGUAUGCUUAGAAAAUGCUUAUGGUUGCUUCAAUUCCAUUGACCUGCUAUAAACUCUUACUUAAUAAAUGAAUUGCUAUAAGGUGGGCAUUGUCAAAACCUGCCUUGGACUGCAACAGAUCAACCCCUGUAACCCUAAUGCUAACCUUUUUUCAUGUAUUAAGUCCAGGUUCAAUUUAGAUUUUGUAGAUGCCUUAGCCUGUUUCAGGAGGUCAGAUGGUCGAUCACAAACAAAAAAUUGAUAAGGGAAAAAAAGAAUUUCACUCCCCACCACCUGAACCCCUGGAACAGGCUAUUGAUUCCUCUGAAAGGUACUUUAAUCCAGAGUUGACCGGCAGCCCAGUGACUCAGUGCCAAUUAAAUUCACGUGCACGCACAGUAUCAAUACCACUUGAGAAUAAACAUCCUUUCUUGUGUUUUGGGUUCUGUAAAAAGACAAACAUGAGCCCUUUGCAGCUAGCCAUUCACCUGGUACAAAACUGCCAUGCUGGAGAGCAAAAGUCACAAUAAAAGGCAUAUAUAAUUUUAAAUGGUAAUUUCUUUUGUUUGUCUUGUCCCAGUGCGACUUUUGCUCUCCAGCAUAGUGGUUUUGCAGCACGUGAAUGGCUAGCUGCUAAGGGCCUAAUGCAUAGAGAAUCAAACAUUUUUAACUGGGCAACAUGCAACAAACAGAAUAGGAUUUCAAGGAAUUGAAAUGAUUUAAAAGGUAAACAAAUUCAAACUCCAUUGUGGUCCAUGUUACAUGCCCACACCUGAUGCAUAUCUGUGCUUCCAUAUGGAUUUACCACUGGAUAACCUUAACCACUGGACAAAAGAUCUGUUUAAAAUCGGAACUGGGCCUUCAAUGAGGCCAGAUGGCCUUUGGGGCACUGGGCCACUGCAGGCCAAGGGCUGCAUGUCUGUUUUUAGCAAAACCCACAUGUUUAACACAUGUUCAAGUAUAUGAUGAUGCUCUUUGUUAGCAUUUUAAAAAUUAAUUUAAUUUUGGAUGGAGAAAUGAGUCGCUAAUCAGUUCAUUUGUCCAAUGUUAUUCUUCAGGACUGCUGGUCUUCUCACAACAGAACUUUGACAGGGGAUCUUCAACCAGAUCCUGACAGGUUUCCACAUGGAAUUAAAUACCUUGCUGAUUAUGUAAGUAGAUUUUAAGUUCUUCCCAAUCUUCUGAAAAAGACACUCAGCUCUCAGCUGGUAGAUUUGAGACUUGACAGGACUAAAAAGAGUGAACAAGCCAUGAACAGAGAUUGGAAGAAACAGAAAUGAGAAAAUGCAGUCCCUCCUUUGCUACCUGCCUCCUGCCUCCUGUCCUCCUGUCACAAAUUUUGCCAAAACUCAUGAUCAGUAACAGUAGAAACUGACACCAAAUUGAGUGAAACAUAAAAAUAAGCACUCAAAACAUUUAAAGAAGGUAUCACUGACACAACAAAAUAAUACAAAAGUAAGCACAAAUGAACAAACUUGAAGAAGGGUUUUUGAAAACUUGUUAGCUUUUAAUAAUUUUCAAAGUUCAUUUUUGUUGUUUUUAACGUUUGAUACAAUGCUUGGGAAGUAUAUUUUUUAGACCUGCAGCUGUGAUUUUGUCUUUUACAAGUAAUUUCUCUGUUUACCUCAAGUUCCGCAGCACAUAAGGAAGUGUAAUAAUUGGCAAUUAAUCAACAACAUAAACUAGACAGCCGUGACUCAGCCCCUUUAACCCUUUAAGUCGCGAGAGUGACCAACAUCAAUUUUCUCCUAACAAAAUCAAUACAUAAUAUAAUAAUUAUACAUAAUUAUUAAAAGAAAAGUUUAUGAGAAUAAAUAUAAUGAUCACCCAAGGGAGAUGCUUUGAUCUUUGAACAAAUUCUCUCAACUAACUCUGUAAGGAAAUGUGUGGAGAAUUUGUAUGUGGAUAUUGGGACUUAUAGGGUUAACAUGCUUGCCUGUGAAACAAUACUGAGGAAAUUAUACCAGUGUAGAUAGAUGAAGAACCACUAGGUAAUGUGGAUAUCCCACUCAAAAGCUUUAUAGUGAAUUACAAUAGUUGUUAUCUAUUAGUUAGCAAAUUGAUAAUAAUAAAUGAUAUUAUUAGUUUUAGUUUUUUGUAAGAAAAAUAGUUUUAAAAUCUUCAUCACUUUAUAUUGUUUUGUCUGUCUUCUAUUAGAUCCAUUCUAAAGGCCUCAAGUUUGGAUUAUACGCAGGUAUAAUCAUAUGGUUUUUGAAAAUACAUUGCAGUUUUUUAUGAAUGAAAUGCAUAAAUACAUCAAUAAUAUUAUUGUAACUUGAUGUUGCUUCAUUACUAAUUUUGGCAUUACCUUUUAACUCCUACGUAGACUAUGGCACUCUAACCUGUGAGCGUUAUCCAGGUAGUAUAGAGUACAUCCAACAGGAUAUGCAGGUAUACAGGGACACCGUUUUCUAAACUCAAUGCAUGUCCUCUAUAUUAUUUCAGUCUCCUAGAAACACCAGGGCCCAGUUGUUCAAACUGAAGGAUAGCCCAAUGGAUAAAUCGCUCUUUAGUGGAUUAAUAUCAGUGAUGCCAAUACAAAUUGUACUUAUUAUCCACUGGAUAGCAUUAUCCACCUUUUGAACAAUUGAGGCCAGCUGAUUUAACCCUGCCAUUGUUGUAACCUUUGCACUUAAGUUUCGAUUAGCCUGAGAAAACAACCCAUUUUUCAUGAAGCCACUGAUUUCCCCACCAAUUGACAUCUGAGAAAUUAACAAGUGCAGAAAUUCUAUACUGAUGAUACUUCACUACCCAGAUCUGGGUAGCAUUCUGGUUAGUUGCAAAUUCACAUAUGAAUGUGAUAAUGAAAUGUCAUCAGUACAGGGUGUUCACUAUAGGAGAGGAGAUCAGAGAAUUCUCUGUUAACUACACAAAAUUCUCUGGCAAAUGUUUGGUAGCCUAUGACUGUUUAUUAUUCAAACACGGAGCCUCUUUCAACGUCACACCUUUCUCCUGCGACUAGAAUUCUUAGUGAAAACCCUGCAUUAUAGAAUUUCUGUGGUUGUUCCUCACAUGUCAUUUUGCGGGGAAAACAGUGGUUGAAUCGCAAAAUGUCGGCUGUUUUCUCAUGCUACACUUCCAUAAGUGCCCAAAACCCAGUCAGAGAAAAAUUCAAAGUUUUAGUUUGUGAAUUAAUAAGAUACCAAAUUAUUGUAUCAGUAAUUUGGAAAUUUUUCUAGAAAGGCAUUCAUUUGAAUUGUACAUGUGGCAGCUGUUGAAAGUAUUAUAAUUUUUUCAAUAAACAGAUACUAACUAUAACCACCUCCAUGCAGACUAAAGCGUACUGUGAUUUAUUGGUGACGAAUGCUACAUCAAAAUUAAAUUUCAUACUGCUGAAGAUUCUAGGUGCAAUAUUAAUAUUAUUAUUGUAGAAAUGCAUGGUUGAACAUUAUCAUUUUUCUUUUCGUUAAAAUAGAAACCUCACAAUUUCUCAUUUUGUCAUCAUGUGCAAAAGACAUCACAGAGAAGGCGUACAGUUCACUAAAGUAAAAAUGUUAUAACAUUGCUAAUUAUAAUGAACUGUGUUGUCAGAAUUUGUUAGUAUUGGUGCAAGAGUUAAAGAUGAGUUUUACUGGGGAUUUAUGGUCUCUUACUUUCAUUUCUGCAGCUGUUUGCUGACUGGGGAGUAGAUUACUUGAAGAUGGAUGGAUGCUUUGCUGAUCCACUCACUUUUGAUGAAGGUUAUCCAACUGUGACAAGAGCAUUAAAUGAGUCAGGAAGACACAUAGUGUUCUCGUGCAGCUGGCCUGCUUAUCUAGUCUGGGGUGGAAUAAAGGUACUUGGCCUUAAUAUUGGUAUAUGCUAGUUUAGUCUGGGGUAAGGAUAUAGAAAUCAGAAAAUAGUUUCCAAGAAAACUGAUCAAUAGGUUGAAGAUCUUUGAUCUUUGUUAUUCUUCUCCAUAAAACUGUGUUGUUGCAAUGUCUUUUUAAUCAAUAUGCAUUUUUUUCCUUUUCAUUUCAGCCCAACUACCCUCUGAUAGCAAAGCACUGCAAUUUGUGGCGUAAUUAUAAUGAUAUACAGGUGGGGAAAUUUGUUUUUUCUCUAUUUCAAAGUUAAAGAACAACAAUUUGCUCCUAGAAGUAAAGUUAUCUACAGUCAUGUUAUACAAUCGGUAAGGUAAACUGUUGGUUUCAGUGGGAUUUAUGGGUCAGGAUUUGUAGGAUUUAUUUACUUUUACAUGAAUUCAUCAUGAUGUCAUUGCAUACAUUUUGGGCUCAUUAGCCAGGCAAUUAACCAUAGAAGGCAUCAUGGCACAUACAUAUUUGUACAAAUUGAAUCUAGUCGUUAAAAGUGCUGGCUUAAAGAGCUGAGUAAUCUGUUUAAUUUUGUAUUGCUUUUUGUAAGAAAUAUUUAAGAGGCCUUUAAAUGCCAAAAACUGCAGAUUGAAUAUCAGGGAGGCAAAAACAUUGUAGCCUGUUCCAGGCUCUCAGAUAGUGGGGAAGACGCGAAAGUGUAGGGCGCGCGAAAAUGGGGGCGGGGCUGGAAAAAACGGAAAAGGAAGGCCUCCCCCUCUCCCCAGUUUCCUCCCGUUUUUUUUUUCUUGUUCGGGCUUUCUCAAUUCCGCGGGCCCGACUAUGUCGGUGCCUGGAACAGGCUAAAAACGUUGAUGAUCUAAAUCAGACCUGUUUGGGUGGGUUAUAAAGCUUUUGGCUAAAUACUCUUUGUCAAAUUUCGAGUUUCUAAAAAGGGUUAUUCCAAAUUAAACUUAAUAACAUUGUCUGCUUUACAGUUGUCAACAUAACUAUGCCAAAAGAAUACUUUAUCAUAUUUGUUCAUGCAUAGGGUUUCCAAAUCUUAUAUCUGUUGGAAUAAUGUAGCAUGUCCAACAGAAAAAGUUGCAUAAUUUUCUAAUUUGACAUUACAGAAAUCCUCGUUCUACUUGAAAAGUUGGGGUCAAUUUAGGUCUCUGGGAAACUGCCCACCUACCCCUCCCCUAAGCUAGCAUUAACACUUACUAAGGGCCGAAAAUGAUGGCUUAGGGGAGGGGAAUGUAGGCAGUUUCUCAGAAGCCUAAAUUGAUCCAAAGUUGUACAAGACUACGACUACGAUUGCGAUGGGUUUUACAGUGGGUUUUCGAAUCCAUCCAUCCUAGUUUAGUCAUAUGCCGUGUAACAAGCUUCCUGUUUAUUGAAGGACUCUUGGUACAGUCUCAUCAGAAUCAUUGAUUGGUAUGGUGAUCAUCAGGAUGAAAUGAUCCCCGUUGCUGGACCAGGACACUGGAAUGACCCAGACCAGGUACACUGAUUAGGAAAGCAGAGCUAUCAACUGCAAAACAGCCCGUUUUUUGCCAAGGUUAAGAAUGCGCGCGAGCUGUCAAAGGGAAAGGUCUGAAUUGAGGGUGAAAACGGAGGUUACCGGUCGUUUAGAUACAAAGUCAUUUCGAUACAAGUUUACUCAGUUGAGUUGUAAAUAGUUCCACGUACUUGACUUGAGUUCGUCUCGAAACGACUAGUAUCGAAACGACCGGUUUCCAAAACGGAGAGUGAGACUGAGGAGGGACGCGAAAAAUACGUUUUUUUCGCUCUCUCUCUCUUGCCACAUACGCAAAAAAAAAAACACAAGAAAAAAAAAAAACGACUGUUUUGCACUCUAAGCUAUGAUCAGUUGACGGCGUCACGGCAUACUAGCAGAAAGCUUUUCCCUGCCUAUGACAUAGUCAAAAAUGGUAAACGCUGUUUUGAGAUUUGGUCGAAAAUCAUCUGAUUUUCAGAGCUUUGUGGUGGUUGUGAGGUUCAGACUCAAAAAGCGCUAAGUGACCUGACUAUAAAAUAACUGAGUUUCUACUGGGUGUUAUGUCACAACCAUUUCUAGCUAAGAAAGUCAGCAUCUGCCUGGACUAAACCUAGAGGUGGCCAUAUAUGUUAUAAAAAAAUUAUAUUCUGGAGCGUAGCGUCCAUUUACGCGCAUAUAGGUCCGUGCGUGCAUGUACCGGCUGAAAUAUGAAAUUUUUUUAUUUUCUGGAAAAGCAUUUCCAGAAAUGACUAAUACACUGUUUGCACCAUAUUGGUGUCUUUGCGUUAGUAUUUCCUUUAUCUUUUGUAUAUUCCAUAAUUCUGAUUGCUUCUCUGGCUUUUUUUCCCGUAAAAACUGUACCUUACCGACAACACUAGAGAUGAGUAAAAUAAAUAGCUAACUACUGCGUUUUUCUGCGUAUUAAUUUGCUGAAAUGGCAUUUCCGGCACCCUUUAAAAUAAGAAUUUUCCCCUCAGACCCCCCGAGGAUGGGCCGCUUUCGGUCCUACAACUUUUCUCUCCCCGCGCGUACACCUUCAAAAUCUCACGCUACGCCCUUGAUAUUACCAUGAUAUUACCUCUGAAAGUCAGAUGUUCCUUUUGAAUGGAAGAUCCUCGGUUGAACUGUGUUUAACGGGUAAAAUGCUCAGAGCAAUUGUCAACUCUUCGGUGAAAUGAUUUGUUUCAUUGUAUUAAUCUUGUAGCUUCUGAUUGGAGAUUUCAGUCUUAGCUAUGAACAAUCCAAGACACAGUUUGCAAUCUGGGCGAUUAUCACCGCAGUAAGUAAAGAUUUUUGUUCGUUUGCUUGUUUGUUAUUUUUAACUCUUUGCUACCAAGAGGACUCAAGGUAAAAAAAUAAAACAACAUUCAUGGGAAUUCCCAAAUUUCGUUUGGUAAAAAACUGAAAUUGAAUACAGUCGAACCUCCAUUUGCGACCACCUCUCUUAAGCGAUCACCAAUCCAAAACACCAAAACUUCCCCAGUUUAAGCCUUACAGUUGGAACCUCUCGUAAACUACCACCUCCUGUAAGAGACGGCGACCACUAUUUGGAGCUGACGGUUUAAUGCUUUUCUGUUGUUUUUAACCUCUUGAAGCGACCACUUUACGAGUUUUCUGAUCUCUUAUGGUCUCUGUGUGAGAUAAUAUACAAAGAACUUUAGUAACAACAUGAAACUGCAUAAAUCCUAACUUGGAAAUUGCAUGAAAUAAAUUCUCCUCCUUAAAGUAGAUGUGUCCGAACUUCUACUGGGAAGAAACCCCCUGUGGUUCGAUUCUCGGAAGCGACCAUCUCCCGUCGCUUACUACUGCCAAAGAGGUCUUAUAUGGAUGCGCACACGACAGAAUGUCAUUCCCGUGGCCGGUUACCAGUACUUUGGACCUAAACCUGCCGGGAGACAUUGCCCUGCUCUAUACAGUAAACACCCGCUAAUAAGAACCUGUGGUUUAAGAACCUGCUGGUAGAAAUUUGGCACUUAAAUACCCAAAAAUACACAAACCUGCUUAGCCAAGCAAAAUAAGCAAGUUCGUAUUUUCGUGGGUUACAGGUAAAUUAAGAUAAACACUUUAACCAAGGAGUUUGACUUCGAGAUUGCCAAUUGAUGUUACAAGAAGAUACAUGCACCAAACCGUAAUUACAAAUAGAAGUAUUACUUUAAUUCCUAUGACGAAAAAAGGUUAAGGGUUGUCUUCAUGGACCUUGCGUAAAUGAAGUUGUGAAAAAGUGCUGUUUAUUUAAGGACCACACUAAAGUUUCUAUAUUUUUCUGGAGUCAACAACUAUAGGUGCGGUUUUACGGGACACUUUUACCGUGGUAAAUGUCCCUUUUCCCGCGGUAAAUUGGCGUGGUGCGUGUAACCUGAGAUCAGGCCCAAUUUUAGCGGUUCUCAUACAUUCUCUCUAACGGCUACCGCUAAAAUCGCCUUGCCCUCCGGAAUGUAAUUUUCAAAGCGAAACGAAAAUAGAGCCUGAUCUCAGGUUAUGGUGCGUGUGACCGGACUUUCCCGAGAUAAAUUUGCCAUGGAAAAUAUCCAUGGUUAUGUCAAAAAGAGAAAAGAAACCGCCCAUGGCAUUUAACGUGGUAAAUAGCUAGGGUUUUUUCGAUACCCAAGGUAAGAGAGCCAAUCAGGUUUCUUUAUUUGACAAUAACGUGAAACCGCCAAAAACUUUCUUUUUUUAAACGAGUUUCUUUCGCGCUGUUGAGAGAAAUUAAAGGUCGACUGAACUGGUUUGUUGGGCCAAAUUUAGAAACGAUAUUUCCCUAAAAAAUAUGUUCUAUUCCUGGCAUGUAAUCGAACUAUGGGAUGCAGCUGAGCUGUAAAAUGGAAUCUAAGGUCAAGAUUAAAAAAAAAAUUCCAUGCACCUUCGCUAAAUUAUCAGGACUAACAUAACAGCUGAAAUCUCAGCUAAACUCUUGGUAAAUUUUCAACAUAACAUGAAAUACUACCUUGAUCGACGGCUUUUAUUACCGCAAUAGCGCGAAUGAAGCCGUACAAGCGGCUAAAUUAACUUGGGAAUUAAUGCAUGUGAAACCACAUGUUACCACGGUAAACUACUCCCUCGUUAAAAUUUACCACGGCUUCGUUAACGUGGGAAAUGCCUUUUGCCGUGGUGUGUGUAACCGCACCUUAUAUCUCCUCUAAGAUUCUACUUAGCCUAAACUGCUAAAAAAAAUACCCCAAAAUGAAAGAAACUUUUUUGCCAGACCUUAAAAAAUGUGAGUUCUUAUUAGCGGGUAUUUACUGUAUUCUUAACAGUGUUUAACAUAUGACUAGUACUAGAAGUUAGUCAAGUAGUGUUAGGUUACAUGUUUGUUUUUUAUGAACAGUAUUAAAAUACUGUUUAUUUGUUGAUAGCCCCUGAUGAUGUCAAAUGAUCUGCGCAACAUUGCUCCAUGGGCUAGAGACAUUUUACUCAACAGGUAAGUUACAACUUUACUUUGUAGUACCGUGAAAAGGUCAAAAUCUCCUCCGUUUUAUUUUGUACCUUCAAACAAUCUGCUUGUGGAAGUUUUAACUAGUUUCGUUACAGACCCAGACUCUCCUCAAACAUGUGCCCACCUCGACGAUCUUUUUUCUUUCAAAUGCCAACUUCUUAUUAAUUCUUGGAAUAGUGCAUUUAGUUUACCAAAUCAUUCUGAUUUUAUACCAGGGAGAUCAUAGAAGUUAAUCAAGAUAAGCUUGGAAAAAUGGGACGCAGAGUUUCACAAGUAAGUCUUCAAAAUGUAGCGAGUAAUAAACGCCAAACUUGCGGUUCUGAGGGUCUGGCUGUUUACAGUGACGGAAAUUGUCCGUACGUCGGAUUCUGAAUUUUCAGCAUUCCGUUAGGGACGGAUUAAAAGAACGUACCUUCCGCUAAAAAAUAUCGCCGAGAAGGGCACGAACAGUCUUGCUGCUCUUGUGUGGAUACCAUGGUUAAAACCCGUUUGGAUUUUUUGAUUUACCACGGCUUUAUUUGUCGAGACUCUAUUAUUUACCUUGAAUCGGAAUUCGUAUUUUUAGAGAUGCAACCUAGGUUCCCGCGUUUACAGCAAACCCAAAUGGCAUCAAGUACCACGUGAUCAUGAUUUUCCCACCACUUUCUUUGAUCGGAAGUAUUCUUUUAACAUCAGGGCCAAUUAUGUCAUUUAUAAGAGGAAAAAUAAGACGCCUCCUGAAAAAGACGCAAACUGUCCCGUAUAACGGCACAUUUCGUUUAAAAUAAGACGCGACUUAGCUGAAACGCGUCUUAUAUAAGACCACCCCAACACCUAAUCUUAGAUAAGGCUGACUCGUCUUAGCUAAGUCGCGUCCCUUAUUUCAGACGUUUUGUGGCGUAAUUUAUUCAGGACAGUUUGCGUCUUAAUUAGGACGCGUCUUACUUUUCCUCGUAUAAAUGGUGCUAUUCUGAGUGUCAUCACUGAAACUGGAAUCGAAGAUGGUUUGAGGAAAUUGGACACUAACCUCCGCUUGGAAAAUUCCAGUCAGGAAAACAGCACUACCAUUUCAGACUAUCCGUUGCUCCUGGAAAUUUGCCAACGGAAAAGUCGAGUCCUUUCGGUAAACUGCCCCUUUAGAAUAAGGUUACACUUGCCAGUUCGUGCGCUGGUCUUACCUCGCCCUACGGAAGGAAUUUCGUAUUAAAUCGCUUCCUUGGUUUUAAAUGUAUAUGCGAUGUGAUUGGCUGAGAGAACUUUUGUUACUUUUUCAACCAGUCAGCGAUUAAUGAAGCUAUGAACCAAAAGUUACAUUCUUAAAAGUGUUGUCCGGUUCGUGACGCGGGUUUAUGCAUUUGCUUCAACCUUUUAUUAGUUUAUUGGCAAGAUUUUACUGCGUUGUAAUUGUCUUAUUCUCAGUAUUUACUUUAACUGAAAAUAAGUAAACCGGACGCUUAUUUUAAACACUCAUGUGCAUGUUUUACUUCUCCAAAGAUCGAACUCAAAAUGCGCUUUGAUGAAGAACAGAGAAACUCUGACUACUGUUUCAGCAGCACGCGCAGUUUUCAUUAAUAUCUACAAACCUUUCAAUCUUAUCGUCAAUGAUUCCCCAUGGCAAUAAUAUCAUCUUAUCGCAUGUGAAAACUUGCUAUCUUAGGCGAAACUCAAUAUUUCAAAGGAUGUUUGGCAAGAAUAAGUUAUUUAUUUAUUUAUUUAUUUUUUGUUUGUCUGUUUGUUUUUUUGCAGAGUUUCAGACAGUACACAGAGGUGUGGAGUCGGCCAUUGUAUGACGGAUCAGUGGCAGUGGUUUUGUUUAGUCGAAGACAUGAUCAGCCAUAUGUAAUCGAGGCUUUCUUUGAUGAGGUACCGCUAAGAUAAUUUAUUUACUAGAAAACAAAGGAAAUAAUUUAAAGGCACACAAUUGAAAAUUCAAUACUUACUUACUAAACAAUUGAAAGUUCAAUACUUAGUAAAAAUCCAGAAAGAGAGACAAUCGUAAGAGAACAGGCUCCAACUUGGUGAAGGCCUCAAAAUAAUAUAGCCACAUCGAUUUCUGGUUACAAUUGUCAAAUCAAACUUGUACGAGCACUUUCAGAAAUUCUUAAUAAGGUUUGCCAAGGACCUCGUCGUUUCCCUAGGUCUUCUAUAUGAACGCCGCUGUUACAGUGAUAUGGGCAUCCCCGCGUUUUGGGCAUCCCUAGCCUGUGUGGCAAGCGUUUGAAAGGGAAGGGAAAACGAAGUUUUAGGCGCGAGAGAAACUCGAGGGGCGCGCGAGGAUGGAGGGAAGCCCCUAUUCUCUCACGCCCAAAACCCCUUCUCCCUUCCUUUUCAAAAGCCUGCAAGGCAGGCUUGGGUAUCCCCAUUCCCAAAACCCUAGUGACGUUGGCAUCCCCUUCUCAUAUUACCUUAGCGAUUUGGGUUAGCAUUAGGGUUACAGGGGAUGCCCAAAACGCGGGGAUGCCCAUAUCACUGUGACACUGCCUCUUUCAGUGGUCCAUCUAGAGAAACUGGGAACUAUGUUUGUAUCGUGAUCUUUGCUGUUGUUUUAUCAUUGUUAUCUGUCUGUUUGUUUGUUUGUUUGUUUAUUUAUAUAUUUAUUAUUCAUUUAUUCGUUUUGGUAGGUUGGGUUAUCUACAUCACUGGCAAAGGCGCGAGAUCUCUUUGAACACAAAAACCUUGGCACGUUUAAGAAAAGCUUCAAGGCAAAAGUUAACCCGAGUGGGGUGGUCAUGGUCAAAUUAUCUCCCAUACAAGAUGAAUUGUGAUUUGCGUAAAAUUUUAUCGAUCAACGACAACUGCUUUAUUUAUUUCAAAAUGUUUGUUACAAAAUAGAUUUAAAUACAACCUGCAAGUAGCUAAGGCUCUUCGAGGCGGGUUGUGUGAAAAUAAAUUAAUAAAUGAAUAAAAAUAAUUAGGUAGAUUCGUGAAAUAAAACGUAAAGAAACAAAGUGUUUUAAGAAAAAGGAAGAUUAAUCAGGUAAGACAAUAGAGCACAAUUAAUUACACGACAAAGGGUAAAAUUAAGUAUGUCUUAAUCUAUAAUUCCUAUAGUUUUACUAAUUUCAAAGCGACAAGAUCAGUGUGUUGUCUCCACCUUCGGUUUUUUUCUAUCAAAACAGCUAGGUGUUUAACAUACUUUUCCUUCUAAAAGAAACUGAGAUUGCUUUUCAUUGUCAAAUACCCAAAUUUUAGGUUGACAGGAAAGUAUCCUUUAAUGGAGACGAAAUAUGACAUAAUUGACUGUCUUAAUAUUUAAGGUUAGCCUAUUUGCAGUAAGCCAUUCACAAAGUUUUUUUUGAUUCUGCAUUAACAGUCUUCUCUAAUGAUUUAAGGUUCCUAUUUGCAUAAAGUAAACUAGUAUCGUCAGCAAAGAGGUAAAACUUCAAUUUAUCUGAGCAGUUACCAAUAUCAUUAAUGUAAAGUAAGACAAGCAGAGGACCAAACACUGAGCCUUGCGGGACUCCGCAAGGAGAGUUUACUGUAUUAGAAAUAAAUGACCCAACACAAGUUGUCUGUG